AUGAAUUUGUCCCUGUUCUCAAUUGACGAUUUUGCUGCUGAAACAAUUCGUGAACGUGAAAAUCGAUUAGAAAAACGUCGUGUCAACUACCAACGCCGAAAAUACUUGUCAAGUGAUAUUAAUGGCUUCAAAAAAGGCUGCAAACACGUCCGAAGACAAGCUGUAGAACAAAAUUUGGCCAGGAAUAACAGGUAUCCACAAUGUACAGAUGCAUUUCCCAUCAAAUUAUUGACAACAAACAAACAGAAAUCGUCAACUGAGGAUUCAAAGCAAGAAUGGAAUCGAGAAAUAUUCAAUUCCGAUUUUGAAGUCUUUCAAGGAGAAUCAUUGGAUGGACGCGAUGAUGCACUACUUAGAUCUCCUAAAAGUCCAUCUUCGUCAUCAAAUAAUGACAGUUCAGACUCAGUGUCUUCAGAAGAUGAAAAUAGAACGACUUUCUCGAUCGAUCAAGAAGAUCGUGAACUACACUCGUUUACAUCUUUGACCGUUAAUGGUGUGGCUCUCAGAUUUUUGCAGUUAUUGCGACAGUCACAAAUUAGUAAAAAAGAAUCUGAGCAAUUUUUAUCAUUUUUCAAAUCUUUAUUACCAGUUCCAAACCAAAUGCCGAAAGAUAUGAAUUCACUUUUAAAGCAUUUGGGCGUGAAUAACUAUUUUAAUAAAAGAACAAUAUGUGUUAUUUGCGAAAAAGAACUUAGUCGAAACGAAAGUUUAUGCAGUCGAUGUCCCCACGCAGAAAAAAAGCACGUUGCUUUUAUUUUCGACACGGAUUUACAUGGUUUACUAUCAAGUAUUAUUUUGAGACUUUCCUCUGAUAUUGAACAAUAUAAAAAGCGUAUCUCAAAUCGUUAUUUGCAAACAAAAUAUGAUAUUCCAUUUGCAAAAGCUUACGAACAUUUGUUACAGAAAUUUCCAGUGAAUAAUUUGUUGACAUUACUUUUGCACGUGGAUAGUGUGGGAUUGACAAAGUCGACAAAACAAAAAUUAUGGAUUUGCGAUGCUAGUAUUCUUGAAAUUCCUCCGAAACUUCGAUAUUGUAGAUCAAACAUUUUCCUCAUUUCGAUGUACAUUGGCUAUUCUGAUCCUAACGUCAAAUUAUGGUUGAAAUCCUCCUUUUCUGCGAUCAGUUUGCUGAAACAAACAGAUCUUCAAGUUCCAGACGUUCAACAAGUGUUUCGUUUGAAAGUGUAUGGUUGUAUUGCUGAUUGUCCAGCGCUGAAAGUAAUGGCCAAUAUGAUUGGUCACACUGGCUAUUACCCCUGCUUUUAUUGCCAUAUUAAAGGUACACACGUUCGAGAAGCAAAGAAAAGACAAUAUGAAUUUCAGACAGCACCAAUGAAUCGCACAGUGAAUUCAUUUGAACUAAAUUCCAAAGCAGCCGAAGAGAAUAAUCAAAACGUUUUUGGCCACCUUGGCACUUCAAUAUUAGACGAAAUAGUCGAUAUUCCUUUGCCGCAUGCACUAAUUAUAGACUAUUCUCAUGUUACACUUUUGAGACAUUUUCGCACUAUUACUAUUACCAUUGUUUCGUCAUUAGAGCCAAGUAAACGGAAGAAAAUUGACGAUGCUUUACGGAAGCAAAUUUUUCCUCAUUUUUUUCAUCGAAAAAUGAAAGGAAUUGAAGAUUUUUCCUUCAUUAAAGCUACAGAAUUGAAAAAUCUGCUGUUAUAUGGAUUUAUACCACAUUUCAUGCACUAUUUAACAAUCGAUCAACUAGCUUUUGUGUCUUUGUUGAUAAUAGGCAUUCGUCUUAUUCAUGCAGAUGAUAAUUUUACCAAUAGCACAAGUAUUACUGCCAACGAAUUACUUUGUAGAUAUUAUUCUGAUCACCAUAUGUACUUUUUGCAUCAUGCGAAUUUUGUUUUACAUUUACAUCAACACUUUCGACAGAUAUACGAAUAUCAUGGACCAUUAUCAUCAGUCAACACAUUCGCCCAAGAAGAUUUCAUUGGUUAUAUAAAAAGAAACAGAAACGGAACCACAUCUUUUGAGAAUUUGUUUGCGCAUUAUUAUAACAUAGAUGUUUUGCUGAAACGGUUCAGCAACAAUGAUGCACGUUUGCUCAAUGGACCAUUAGAUUUAUUUCCCAUGAACAAGGAGGAGCCAUUCUUUUUGGAGCUCCUGAAUUAUCAUCGAGACAUUUGUGGUUGCAAUAAUUACCAGGGAUGUGUUAAAACAUAUCGUCGUUGCCUCAUAAGGCAAAAAAUGUUUCAUUCACUUCAAUAUGUUAAACGCAAACGUACGAAUAGCUAUUCUGUGCAAUAUGAGAUUCGUUCAGGUCUGAAGGAAUUCGGAAUUAUCGAAGUUUUCUUUCAAUGUAAAGGAAACACUUAUGCACUAAUCAAGAAUUUUCAAGUGACCAAUGCAUUUAGUGAUCAUUUUCAAGGCAGCCGAUACUAUGAUCUAUUGAAGCGGUCUAUAGAUAAAUUUUACUUUGUGGUAAAGAGAACGAACAAUGGGCGACUAAUUUCGGCCGAAAAAGUCGAAAAACAUUUAGUUAUUUUUGAAGAUAUUUUCGGAAAAGCACUUCUUAUUACUCCCAUUUCAUCGAUGACUGAACACGACUAA